AUGCGUUCCUUCUCGACCAUCACUAUUCUGGCUGCCAUCGGAGCAGUUGGAGCCGCUCCUGCUCCUGCCUCGCACAUCAACAGCGCUAGAUCUGACGCCGACACUGCCAAGGCAUACACUCCUGUCGUCUGGAACACAACUGCAGUCGUCGAUGGCAUCAACAUUCACAACAUGCCCAUCCAAGCCCGUGAUGGUGCCUUCAAGGUCGGCGGCGAUGCUGCGGGUGUCUGCCCAGUAUGUGAUCAAAACCGCCGCAUUUGCUUGACUGUCAUACUGACCAUGCUUCCUCACAAAGUCAUACGACCCCGACUGUUCCUCUCAGAACAAGACCAUCAUCUCUCCCGGUGGCAAUAG